AGUCACAGAAAAAGAAAUUAACCAUCCUUUAGUUUCUUUAUUUCUAUGGCUUCUUCUUCUUCUUCUUCUAAUCCUGUGCUCUUUUCUACUCUCUCUCUGGUUUACUUCUUCUUCUUCUUCGUCUUCUCGUCCUCCAUUUCUAAGAACAAAAGCUUGGUUUCGGCAACAAGAGAAGAAGACACUGAGCUUCAACGUACUCAUCAUCGCGUUCCUCUCAGCUCUCUCAUCCCUUCCUCCUCUUGCACCUUUCCUCCUCAAGAUUCAAAGAGGAAUGGAUCCAUGGACGUGGUACACAAGCACGGGCCAUGCUCAAAGGUGAAGAAACCCUUGUCGUCGUCGUCGUCGUCUUCUUCUUCUUCAUUCAUGGUACCACACAGCGAGAUCUUCAAGCAGGACGAAGCCAGGGUGAGGGCAAUCCAGUCCAAGCUUUCAAAGACAUUACAGAUCCACCAAGAAGAAGCAGAGACCGGUUCAAACAAUAAGGGGCCGGACCGGGUUCAGCUGCCGGCCAAGUCCGGCAUCCCUCUUGGCACCGGAAACUACUUCGUCAAGGUGGGGCUGGGAAGCCCCUUUGCUGCGACACAGGCAAUGACCUCAGUUGGCAUAAGAGAUCUGUCUCUCGUCUUCGACACAGGCAGUGACAUCACUUGGACUCAGUGUAAGCCCUGUGCUGGCUCUUGCUAUGCCCAGAAGGAACCCAUCUUCGAUCCUUCUCAAUCUUCUUCUUACUCCAAUGUCUCUUGCUCUUCUUCUCAGUGUUCCCAGCUAGUCUCUGCAACAGGAGUUAGGCCGGCAUGUUCUGCUUCAACGAGAGCUUGCAUAUAUACUAUACGAUAUGGCGACGGAUCCUUCUCCACUGGCUACUUCGCCAAGGAAAGACUGACCUUAUCUUCCACCGAUGUCGUCAACGACUUCCUCUUCGGCUGCGGCCAGAAAAACCAAGGUCUCUUCCGCGGCGUCGCUGGACUGCUCGGCCUUGGCCGGAAUUCCCUCUCUUUCGUAGAACAAACCGCAGAAAAGUACCAGAAAAUUUUCUCCUAUUGCCUCCCCUCUACGCCCAGCAUCGUCGGCUACAUCGCCUUCGGCGGCAGGUCCUCCUCCCGCAACGUCAAAUUCACUCCUUUGUCCUCCAUCUCCAAGGGCUCCUCCUUCUACGGCCUUGACUUCAUCGGAAUAUCCGUGGCCCGCCUCAAUCUCUCAAUCUCGGCGUCCGUGUUCUCAUCCGGCACGAUCAUCGACUCCGGCACCGUCAUCACCCGGCUCCCUCCGGCAGCGUACGGUCCCCUGAGAAAUGAGUUCCGGAGACAGAUGUCGAGGUACCCGAAAGCGGAUCCGCUCGGGUUACUGGAUACGUGCUACAAUCUGACAGGGGUUGAAGUCGUUCGCAUUCCGACGAUAUCUUUUUCGUUCGGAGGUGGGGUGAUCGUGAAGUUGGAUGUAAGUGGGUCUGUGUUUGUAGCGAGCAAAGAACAGGUGUGUCUGGCUUUUGCUGCGAAUGAAGAUGAACGCAAAGUAACUAUUAUUGGUAAUACACAACAGAAAACACUGGAGGUAGUGUACGAUGUUGCCGGCGAAAGGAUUGGGUUUAGACCACGUGGCUGCAAAUAAUGAAUUUGCUCUUGAAAUAAAAUUAAUAGAUUCAAGCAUAUUAUAAAUAGGUGUAUAAGCAACAGCUAGGAUAUGUAGUUAUAGGUCUAUUUAUGGUCAAUUUGAUCUAUUUUGGUGUGGUCGGGGAAAAAUCUGCACGGGAAGGGAAAAAGGAAGUUACUAAUAAGGAUGUUAUAUAUGGACAUAUGGAUAAAGAGGUCGUAAAAGUUUUCUAGAUUAUGUUAUGAAUAAAGAAAUUAAACAGACA